AUGCCUGGCCGGGCCCUUCUCCGUCCGUCCUACUACUCUGCUUUCGUCCCAUCUCCGGAGAGACCCACCCAGGGUGAUGCUAUGAGGCAGGCGGCGGGCGACGGUGACCAAGGCCUCGCGCGGAGACUCGUCGCGGCCGGCCACGAAAGCGACGGCGUCAGGGCCGCGCGGCGUCGGCGCCGCCUAGAGCACCGGCGGCACGGCCGCAAAACACCGCGGGAGGUGGACGACCUGGCGGCGAGUAAGGUCCGGCCCGGAACGGGUGACGACGGGGCGUCCUCCGAUACGUCGUCGGCGGAAGCGGGCCGCGGGAUCCUCCUCCCGCCCUGCCUGUCGCAUGGCGCAGUCUCGGUCAUCGGCCGCCGCCGGGAGAUGGAGGACGCCGUCGCCAUCAAGCGCACCUUCCUGUCCUCUCCACCAACUGCAGACGCGGCCGUGGACGGGUGCGGCGGCGGCGACGAGGACUUCUUCGCGGUGUACGACGGCCACGGCGGCUCGCGGGUGGCGGAGGCGUGCAGGGACCGGAUGCACGUCGUGCUCGCGGAGGAGCUUCUGCGCCUGCGUCCUUCUCCCACCGCGGCGGGGGCUUGCGCCGACGCGCGGGGCAUGAAGGACGCCCUCACGGCCAGCUUCGCCAGGGUGGACGGCGAGGUGGUCGGGGGCGCCGCGGCCGGCGCGGACGCCGACGUCGCCGAGGCGCGCUCCCGGACCGUGGGCUCCACCGCCGUGGUCGCCGUCGUGGGCCGCCGCCGCAUCGUCGUCGCCAACUGCGGCGACUCGCGCGCCGUGCUCUCCCGCGCCGGCGUCGCCGUGCCGCUCUCCACUGACCACAAGCCAGAUCGGCCGGACGAGCUGCAAAGGGUGGAAGCCGCGGGAGGCAGGGUGAUCAACUGGAACGGAUCCCGUGUCCUUGGAGUUCUAUCCACCUCUAGAUCCAUAGGGGACUACUACCUGAAGCCGUACGUGAGCGCGGAGCCGGAGGUGACGGCGGUGGAGCGGACGGAGAAGGACGAGUUCCUGGUCCUCGCCAGCGACGGGCUCUGGGACGUGGUGUCCAACGAGAUGGCCUGCCGGGUGGCCAGGAGCUGCCUCAACGGCCACCUCGCCGCCGCGUUCCCGGAGUCCGUGUCCGGGCGCAGUGCCACCGACGCCGCCGCGCUCCUCACCGAGCUCGCCAUCUCCCGCGGCAGCAAGGACAACAUCAGCGUCGUCGUCGUCGAGCUCAGGCGGCUCAGGAGCAGAGCGGGGAGCCGGCGUGCCUCUGCGCCCGCCGGAAGCGAGAUUAAGUUGUAG